AUGAACUACAAGGAGAAAGUUGAGGGAGAUGAACCGAACUGCCAAUUGACAAACACGACGGAACCUACAUUUGACAAAAACGUCAGGAAAAAGGACCGAGUUUGGACGUUUCGAAAGGAUAAUGUGGAUCGAAGUCAAGUGGUAAACAUAAAAAUAUAUUUCAUGAGCGUCGCAAACAAAGUGUAGGUUGGCUUUUAAGGGGGAGCUAUAGUCAUCCUAGAAUUCACAAAAUUUGAACCAUCGUCGGACAGUGAUCUGACACAGUAGAAUCAACAAAUGUAUGGAAACUUGAUUUUACAAGCAAUAGAGCAAGCCCUGUACCAAAAAUGGUUCAUUUUCAUCAAAAUGAAAAAUGUUAGGGGGGGGAGGGGGGUAGUUCACAUAGGUCCGAAAAUCAGGGUUUUACAAACCGACAGUUAAAACUUCAGUUUCAUGACAAAAAGCCGGUGAUCUUUUCCAAAUUAAGUUUUGCUCUCCAAUCGAUCAAAUCUGGAGGUGAAGGAAAAAUCUCUUUAACCCAAUGAACGCCAGUUAAAUAAUAAAUCAGAGCGUAUUAGAGCGUAAUGCGACUUAAUGGGUUGAAAUAUUUCAAAACAUGUUAAGUCCAUGAAAUGCUAAUUUUGCAAUUUCAGAAAAAUGUUUAUAAAAAACACCUACACUCAAAGAAACUAAUACAAGUCCCCAUAAAUAAAAAGUUCCCGUCAGCAAAAUUCUGCAUGCAUUAUACAAAUGAAAGAUGUCCCUUUUUCCUGAAUUUGUCUCCAAAUCGUUCACACAUUAUUACGGCAUAUUUAAGUUCAAAAUUCCAUAGUUUCUCAUGCGUUUGGAACAUAGAAAACAGGUGUUAGUCCAUGAUUAGGUGAAAAAAGGUCAUUUUUCUACAUGGAAUGUACUCGCAUUGGUGGAUCAAUAGGCGGCAAUGCAUUAAUUGCUUUAUAGUAUUGCCUAUAACAUGACAAGUUGAAUGGGGCAGAAAUCUUGGUUAAAGUAUAUAUAUAUAUAAAUGUACUCAGAAUAACAAAAUUAUAAAUUCUCACGAAUAUGUGCUGAAAUAUUGAACUAACCCUAUAGAUUGGAUACAAGUAGUUUCUGACCAUGUUAUGCGGUAUUUUCCAGGCAUCCUGCAGAGGUGAAGUCAAUGAAUGUCAUAAUGGCGGUAAAAUGACAUGGAAUCCAGUUAAACCUUUCAUCUGCAUAUGUAAAAAGGGGUACGAAGGAGAGCUUUGCAAAAAAGGUAACACAGGAUGGCCCAAAAAGAAUGCUCCCUAUAUCUAUACACUAGUCAACGUUAACGACCUUCUUAGGGCCUGUUUAUAUGAGAGGCGGGACGCGACGUUUGCCAGGACGGGACGAUGAACGGGAUCCCGGCUCGUAUAAAUUUCUAUUAUAUUUAUCACCAGAUGUUUAUAUGGAAGCGGGACGUUUUUCGUCCCGUCCCAGGCAAGCGGGAUCCCGGUUUGUGCAAGUGCAACCGGGAUCCCGCUUCAACCGGGACGUUUUCUUCCAUGUAAACACUUGUUGCCGGGAUGGGAUGGAAGGCGGGAUGAUUUUGGUGUAUUGAAAUAAAUGACUAGGCUUAAACGAACUUUCAAACAACAGUGAAAGAAACUCAAAUGUUAUUAGAGAAGAUCUCGUAGUUCAAGAAGAUUAUUAUUGCAGCUUGAACAACCUUUCGUUUACAAUUAUACUGUAAUCUAUCACUAGAAAAAUAAUGUCAUUUUGCUAAAUCGUGCACCGUGACUUAUUUCAAUACGCCAAAAUCAUCCCGCCUCACAUCUCGUCCCGGCAAAGCGGGAUCAUGUAAACAGCUCUCAACCCGAGAUGUAUAAAUCGUCCCGUCCCGGCAAACGUCCCGUCCCGCCUCUCAUAUAAACAGGCCCUAAGGCCCUGUUUACAUGAACCCGGGAUAUCGUUAUGUCUCGGGGCAGGCAAUUGUCGCGGGACAAAAAUUGUCUCGGCUCCUUAAUGAAUGAAUAGUGCUGUUCACAUGAUAUUCUACUUGUCACGGGACAAGAAUUGACCCGAGUGCCUCGCCUCUGUAGACAGGGACACUCGCCUAGCCGGGACAACUUUUCCUCAUAUGAACACUUUGGCCCGGGGCAACUUUAUCCCGGGAUAAUUGAAUUUUUAGUAAAACGAUCAAAAUCGCGGUUAAAAUUACAUUUAGAGCACGUUGCACUUCACAAAAACUUGUUAUUUGAUUGAAGACAUCAUUAUAGAAAUCUAUAAGUGAUGAUUCUAAUAAUAUUAAAAUAAAAUUGUCGCUAAUAUCAUGUUUGAAACCAAGAAGUGUAGUAUGCUACUCAAAAAAUUUGAUCUGGUCAACCAGAAACAAUGAAUUGAGCACAUUUUAUUACGGCCGAUAAUCAACUACGGUCUAUUUGUAAAUAUCAUAACAUAAAAUACGACUUGCGUUUAUCAGAAUGUUCUUUAUUUAGCAGUAUUUCACCGUUUCACGUUGGCGGGAAUAUUUCAUGAUUGCCGCGUAAUGUAUUUAUAGGCAUGACCCGCGCUAGCUUUGUUCAUGUGAACAGAAGAUAUCAGUAUCCCGGGUCAAUGACUUGUCGCGGGCAGUUGUUUAUCCCGGGAUCAUGUGAACAGGGCCUUGAAUGAUUGUCAGAUAAAUGUCAGCCUAACUGAGACUUUCAAAGUUUGCAUUAUUUUAUUAUUUUGCCAGACACCGAUGAAUGUUCCAAGAAAUCGAAAAAUAAAUGUGACAUGAACGCAAAUUGCACUAACACUCCAGGUUCCUACAAUUGCCUGUGCCACACUGGAUUUUUGGGGAAUGGAAAAAGCUGCAGAGGUAUAAUCUCGAAUGGUCAGCGCCAGUCUAAUAAUAAUGAUAAUAAUAAAAAAUAUACACUUAAUAUCUGCUUUCGAGGGAAAUAGUUAGUUUUGUUUUCCAGAGAAUCUCAAUGUUUCUCGAGAAGAAGUCAAGGAAGUAGUAGUACUGAGAUUCGAGAAGAAACAAAACUAACCUACUUAAAACGGUUUCAGCAGCAUAUCCUGUUGCCUGUUGUGUAUUUUAAUUUUCUUUUAUUUUACAUUCUUUAUUUCAACAUAAACUUGGAAAAUCGUAGUUUAUAUACUUGCGAGUUGUGCCGCCAUUUUGUUUAUUUAUAUGCACGUAGCCGGUCGGGGCGGGCAACAAUUUUUCACUUGUUGCCCGGGAUACAUUACAUUUAUCUAGAGUCACGUGACCACAAAUGAGCCAAUGAUCACGUUUGGUGUUCACCCUAGUUAUAUAACAAUGAUAAUUGUAAUUUUAUACAGUCCCAUUUCCUAAAGUCCAAUAGCGCUUUUGAAGAAGAUAAUAAAUUGCAAAUUUAUUAAAUACUAAGAUAAUAGUAGAAUUUACGUGGUGUUAAUUGCGGGAUAAAAAUGUAAUAUGAAGGACAAACAAUAUAUACAUAUAAAAUUUGACAGAAUUAAAUAUUCAGCUUGAACCUAAUUAGUAGAAAGAUUAAGAGUAAAAAGCUAAGUCUUGAGAUAUUUUUUAAAAGUAUAUACUAAAGGGAUCUAUCUGUAAUUUUGAUGCCAUUGAGUUCCAUAAUCUAGGUGCAGAAAUUAGAUAUAAUCCUGGGAGCCAAUAUAAACAAAUAAGUAGAGCGGUAGAGAGCUAACAUGCUCAUACUUUUUCCUUUGAAAAUAAUCAUAGCUGCAGAGGUCUGAACCGAUUGAAGCCCCUUGCAACUGCUUAAAAACACGAAGUGAACAAAUAUCUGGAAAUAAAUUAAAUUAUUGUUACAUUCCUAAACUUGAUUCAUUUUAUUAUUUUACCAGACAUUGAUGAAUGUUCCAAGGAAUCAACAAAUCAAUGCCACUCAAACGCAGAUUGUUUCAACAUUCCUGGUUCGUACAACUGUAGUUGUUCUACCGGGUAUCGUGGGGAUGGAAAACUUUGUACAGGUAUUAAAUAUUUCAAAACUGGAUCUUGGCACGUGUUCUAAUUUUCGACACCAUAUUUCAAUAAAAUUGUACCUCCCUUAGGCAGUCAAGUCAACAUUAAGUAAUUCUUUCAUGUCAAAAAAUAGCUGGAAGACGUUAUGUUACCAAAUUAAUUUAUCUUUUAGACAUCAACGAAUGUUCCAAAGGAACUCAUACAUGCCACAAAAACGCAGAAUGUAACAACAUUGAUGGUUCCUUUACAUGUCAAUGUCGCAAUGGUUUUACCGGAAGUGGUCAUGUGUGUACAGGUAAAUUAUGUCACGGAUUUUUUAAUCAGAGCUCAUGGAACUGGGAGUGAAUUCAUUGCAAUUAAUCGACUUUUGAUAUGCUAAUUAUGUAACAGUUGCAAGAUGUUAUUUUACUAAUUCCUCUUUUAGACGUCAACGAAUGCUCCGUAGGAACUCACACAUGCGAUCAAAAUGCAGAUUGUAGUAACACUGUUGGUUCCUUUACAUGUCAAUGUCGUGGUGGUUUUACUGGAAGUGGUCAGGUCUGUACAGGUAAAUUAGAGACACAUAUUAUCGCGAACGGUCGAUACCUUUGUAGGUAGAACAAUGAGUUUAUAGAAGAUACAACUACCUAAUUAAAAUAUAAGAGAACUUCGACGCUCACUUCGCUUGAAACGAAGACGCCUUCAUUCGAAACGGAAAAAAAUUUUUAUCUGCUUUCAUAUCCCAGUUAUGUGAUAGCUAUAGACGACGCUAUUUUACUCAUUCUUGUUUUAGACAUCAACGAAUGCUCCGAAGGAACUCACACAUGCCACCAAAAUGCAAAUUGUAGUAACAAUGUCGGCUCCUUUACAUGUCAAUGUCGGAAUGGUUUUACCGGAAGUGGUCACGACUGCACAGGUGAUUUUAGCGGUCGCAUGUUUAUCUGCAUUGCUUGAUUAAUUUGAAGCCGUGCAUGAAUGCCCGGGAAGGAAUCGAAAAAAGUUUUUACUUAUUUUAAUAUGCUAACUACGUGCUAGCCGGAAGACGCUGUUUUACUAAAUUCUCUUUUAGACAUCAACGAAUGUUCCACCGGAACUCACACAUGCCACCAAAAUGCAGAUUGUAGUAACAUUGUUGGUUCUUUUACAUGUCAAUGUCAUGGUGGUUUUACUGGAAAUGGUCAUGUCUGCGGAGGUAAAUAAUAAUAUGAACGCAUAUUAUCGGAAACAGUUUGUGUCCGUAUGGGUAGAACGAUGAGUUUAUGGAAAAUACAAUUACCUAAAAAAAUAUUAAAAAAAACUUCGACGUUUCGGACGAAGACCCUUAUAUUAGUAACCCUUUUCAGCUACUAACAUCCCAACGAAGGCAUUCAGUCGAUUCGUAAAAAAGUUGAAUUAUUUUGGUAUCCCAGUGAUAUGAUGGUUGGUAGACGAUAUUUUACGAAUCCUUCUUUUAUAGACAUCAACGAAUGCUCCGAAGGAACUCAUACCUGCCACCAGAAUGCAGAUUGUAGCAACACUGUCAGUUCCUUUACAUGUCAAUGUCGUGGUGGUUUUACAGGAAGUGGUCAGGACUGCACAGGUAAUUUUAGCGGUUACACGUUAUUGCUAUACUGCUUGAUGAUUUGAAGCCAUUAAUGCCCGGGAAGGAAUCGAAAAAUAUUUUAUUUAUUUUAUGCCAAUUAUUUGAUAGCGGAAGAUACUAUUUUCCUAAAUUUUCUCUUUUAGACAUCAACGAAUGCUCCACUGGAACUCACACAUGCCACCGAAAUGCAGAUUGUAGUAACAUUGUUGGUUCUUUUACAUGUCAAUGUCGCAGUGGUUUUACUGGAAGUGGUCAAGUUUGUACAGGUAAAUUAUGAAUACAAAUUAUCCCAUGGAUUUAUUAAUUCGAACUUAUUGGAGUGAAUCCAUGGGAAUAAAUUGAACUGAUUUUGAUAUAACAAUUAUAUGAUAGCUAGAAGACGCUAUUUUACUGAUUCCUCUUUUAGACAUCAACGAAUGCUCCAAAGGAACUCAUACAUGUCACCAAAAUGCAAAUUGUAGCAACACUGAUGGUUCCUUUACUUGUCAAUGUCAUGGUGGUUUUACUGGAAGUGGUCACGUCUGUACAGGUAAAUAUGGAUACAAAUUAUCCCAUGGAUUUAUUGAAUCGAACUCAUUGGAGUGAAUCCAUGGGAAGAAAUCGAUUUUUGAUAUGACAAAUACAUGAUAGCUAGAAGACGCUAUUUUACUGAUUCCUCUUUCAGACAUUAACGAAUGCUCUAAAGGAACUCACACAUGCCACCAAAAUGCAGAUUGUAGUAACAUUGUUGGUUCCUUCACAUGUCAAUGUCGCAGUGGCUUUACAGGAAGUGGUCAAGUCUGCACAGGUAAUAAAUCAAAUAAUUGACGCAUAUUAUCGGGAACAGUUAGUGUCAGUGUAGAUAGAAGGACCAGUUUAUAGCAGAUACAACUAUCUAAAAAAUAUGAAAAAACUUCGACGUUUCGAUUUGCUUUGAUAUCCCAAUUAUGUGACAGCAGGAACACGAUAUUUUACGAAUCCUUCGUUUAGACGUCAACGAAUGCUCUACCGGAAUUCAUACCUGCCACGUAAAUGGAGAUUGUAGUAACACCAUUGGUUCCUUUACAUGUCAAUGUCGCAAUGGUUUUACUGGAAGUGGUCAAGUCUGCGCAGGUAAAUAAUAUUAUGAACGCGCAUAUUAUCGGGAACAGUUGGUGUCAGUGCAGGUCGAACUACGAGUUUAUAGAAGAUACAACUACCUGAAAAAAUAUUUUAAAAAUUCGACAUUUUGGACGAAGACUCUUCGUCGGAAAGUUAUAUUAGCAACACAUUUCAGCUACUAACAUCCCGAAGGAGGGCCUUCAUUCGAAUCGAAAAAAAAAUUGUGAUUGAUUGUGAUAUCCCAAUGACGUGAUGGCUGAUAGACGAUAUUUUACGAAUCCUUCUUUUAUAAACAUCAACGAAUGCUCGAAAGGGACUCAUACCUGUCACCAAAAUGCAGAUUGUAGCAACACUGUCGGUUCCUUUACAUGUCUAUGUCGUGGUAGUUUUAUAGGAAAUGGUCAGGGCUGCACAGGUAAUUUUCGCGGUCACAUGUUAUCGGUAUUACUUGGUGAUUUGAAGCAGGGAAUGUGAACUUUGAACUAAAACAUCCGAACGAGCUUGAACUUUAAACUUGAACUUUGAACUUGAAUGUCUGGAAAACAAUCGAAAAAAUAUUUUAUUUAUUUUAUGCCAACUAUUCGAUAGCCGGAAGAUGCUAUUUUCCUAAAUUCUCUUUUAGACAUCAACGAAUGCUCCACUGGGACGCACACAUGCCACCAAAAUGCAGAUUGCCGUAAUAUUGUUGGUUCUUUUACAUGUCAAUGUCGUGGUGGUUUUACUGGAAGUGGUCAAGUCUGUACAG